AUGCCGGUGCGACGGGGACACGUCGCGCCACAGAACACUUUCCUGGACACGAUCAUCAGGAAAUUCGAAAGUCAAAGUCGGAAAUUCAUCAUAGCCAACGCGCGGGUGGAGAACUGCGCCAUAAUCUUCUGCAAUGACGGCUUCUGUCACAUGUGCGGCUUCACGCGGGCCGAGAUCAUGCAGAAGCCGUGCACCUGCAACUUCCUGUACGGCCCACACACCAAGAGACUGGCCAUCGCACAGAUGGCGCAAGCGCUGCUGGGGUCGGAAGAGAGGAAGGUGGAGAUUGCACUCUACAGGAAGGACGGUGUGUGUUUCCUGUGUUUGGUAGACGUGGUGCCGGUAAAGAAUGAAGAUGGCGUCGUGAUCAUGUUUAUUCUGAAUUUUGUAGUCAUGCCGGAUGAGAGACAUCACGACACACAAGAUCUGAAUCACAAGUUGCCUCUUCUGUUUCGCCAUUCAAAUCGGGCUCGUGGGAUCCGUUUACGCCUGCCUCUCCUGAACUCACGUAAUAACAGUAAAUCUUCUCUCCGGGACGAUCCAGAGGCAGGACGUGGAAUGGGAUUCCCCACCAGUUCACGCUUGCAAAGCCACGAAUCCCUCGCCCUGGGCGAGCUUCUUUCACUCCCUGAACACGAGCAGUCUUGCCCAGCCACCACCACCUCCACCACGACGUCCUCUCUGCUGACAGAGGAUCUACGCAACCUCCUGGGCAGCGACCCCUCACCUCCACCCCCUGCCCCGCCCCACCCCACCACCCUGCCCCUGGGUCACUCCUCCCCGUGGCCUCAGCGGCUCAACACAGAUGCUUCAGCGUCCAACUGCAGCUUGACGAACAGUCGCUCACGCGAGAGCUUUCACGGCAUGCGCCGUGCGUCAUCGGUGGACGAUAUCGAGGCCAUGAGGCCCGAGUGGGAACGCAAGUUCCGGACACAUCCCGCCUGCAGCAGCAUGGGUGCCAUGAUCAACAAGUCGAGCAUCCUGAACUCAACCUCUGAUUCGGAUCUCAUGCGUUACCACGCCAUCAGUAAAAUCCCCCAGAUCACCCUAAACUUUGUGGACUUCAAACCAGAUCCUCUCAUCGCUCUCCCGGCCGGAGACAUGGACAUCAUCGCGCCCUGCAAGCUUAUUGACCGCACGCACAACGUCACAGAGAAAGUCACUCAGGUGAUUCAGGUGUUGUCGCUGGGCGCUGAUGUUCUCCCCGAGUAUAAACUCCAGGCUCCGCGCAUUCACAAGUGGACGGUUCUGCACUACAGCCCGUUUAAAGCCGUCUGGGAUUGGCUGAUCCUGCUGCUGGUCAUCUACACGGCCAUUCUGACGCCGUACUCCGCCGCGUUCCUGCUAGACGGGGAAGAGGAUGGGAAAAACUGCAUUUACACCUGCAAUCUGCUCAGUGUGGUCGACCUCAUCGUGGACAUCAUGUUUAUCAUCGACAUAGUCAUAAACUUCCGCACCACAUAUGUCAAUGCCAACGAUGAAGUGGUGAGUCAACCGCUUCGCAUCGCCGUGCAUUACUUCAAAGGCUGGUUCCUCAUCGACAUGGUCGCCGCCAUCCCCUUUGACCUGCUCAUAUAUCGCAACAGGGAGGAGGCGAGUACAGAGACGACCACCCUCAUCGGUCUGCUCAAGACGGCACGUCUGUUACGACUCGUCCGUGUUGCACGUAAACUGGACCGUUACUCUGAGUACGGUGCGGCCGUUCUCUUCCUGCUCAUGUGCACCUUCGCCCUGAUCGCUCAUUGGCUGGCCUGCAUCUGGUACGCCAUCGGAAACAUGGAGGACAACGGUUCCAUUGGCUGGUUGCACUCGCUGGGCGUUCAGCUGGGAAACAAAUUUAACUCCAGUGUCAAGGGAUCAGGACCCUCCAUUAAGGAUAAAUACGUGACCGCUUUAUACUUCACCUUCAGUAGUUUAACAAGCGUGGGGUUCGGAAAUGUGUCGCCAAACACCAACCCGGAAAAGAUCUUCUCCAUCUGUGUCAUGCUGAUAGGAUCGCUCAUGUACGCCAGUAUCUUCGGAAACGUGUCGGCCAUCAUCCAGCGGCUGUAUUCCGGAACGGCCCGUUAUCACACUCAGAUGCUCCGUGUGAGAGAGUUCAUCCGCUUUCAUCAGAUUCCAAACCCGCUGCGACAGAGACUGGAGGAAUAUUUCCAACACGCCUGGUCUUACACCAACGGCAUCGACAUGAACGCGGUGUUGAAAGGUUUCCCGGAGUGUCUCCAGGCCGAUAUCUGUCUCCAUCUGAACCGAACGCUCCUGCAGAAUUGUAAAGCGUUCAAGGGUUCGAGUAAAGGGUGUUUGCGGGCACUGGGCAUGAAAUUUAAGACCACACACGCCCCGCCGGGGGACACGCUGGUGCAUGCUGGAGACGUCCUCACCGCACUGUACUUCAUCUCACGCGGAUCCAUCGAGAUCUUACGCGGAGACGUCGUGGUGGCUAUCUUAGGAAAAAAUGAUAUAUUCGGUGAGCCCACCAACCUGUACAUGCGGCCGGGGAAAUCUAACGCAGAUGUGAGAGCGCUGACGUACUGUGACCUCCAUAAGAUCCACAGAGAUGAUGUUCUGGAGGUGCUGGACAUGUACCCGGAGUUCUCCGACUACUUCUGGAGCAACCUGGAAAUCACCUUUAACCUCAGAGAUACGAACAUGAUUCCUGGAUCACCGAGCAGUGAUGAUUCAGACUGCGUCGGCUUCAAAAAGCUGCGGAGGCGAAAACUCUCAUUCCGACGCCGAACAGAAAAAGAUGAUUCAGAUGCUGGAGAACUCAAGAAGAAUCAGAAGCCCGUUCGGAGAAGCAGAAAACAAGCAGCCUGUAACAAGGACGAACUUAAACAGGGGUGGGAGGAGCCUCGGAAUUCCGUCUCCUCCCACUCUAGUGGUGAUGAGGAGGAGGGGCCUGUGUACAGAUGUCCCGCCCCUCCAAGCACACACAUGGAGUCGUUUCAAGUACAGAGCACUUCUAUGAACUUUAAUGAUAUGACUGAAGGCGAGGGCUAUCCGAAAACAGGCAACACCUGUAACGCCCUAUCAGGUGCAAUCUCAGGUGUGUCCAAUAUCUUCAGUUUUUGGGGUGACAGUCGGGGGAGGCAGUAUCAGGAACUGCCCCGUUGUAACCUGCUCUCCCCGCCGCCUCAUCCCAGCGCCCCCCUGCACAGCAUCACGCGGCAGCAGCGCAACCAGAUAGAGAACCGACUGGAGCUGCUGCAGAAACAGCUCAACAGACUGGAGAGUCGCAUGUCGACGGACAUCAGUGCGAUCAUGCAGCUCCUGCAGCGGCAGAUGACGCAGGUUCCUCCGGCAUACAGCACCAUCUCACCGCCGCAGGCGUCCAUGUACCCCGAGACACUCGUACAACCCGUCACCCUGCUGGAGUCUGACACACUGGCCUCUCUCUCACAGUCCUGUGAGUCUCUCGGCAACACCACAGAGUUUCAGCAUCCAGAAAGACCUCCGAUUAGUUUGAGUGGCAUUGCCCACACGGGACCCCCCGGUUCGGGCACUCGAUCAGAGCGUGAGCUGGACCUUCGGCGGAGGUUCUCACUUCAGGAUCCCCAGACAUCACUGGACACACGGACGCCACAGAAACACGGCUCAGACCCGGGGAGCUAGGGGAGAAGACGACGAGAUGAGAGGAGAACAAAUGAGAAGAACCGUCUCAGGACGUCCCUCUUGCGUUCCUAAGUCACGUCUCACUGGGCUUUUCCUCUCAGUUCUGGUGCUGGUUUUGCUCUGAGAAGUUUAGAAAUACACUGGGAGUUCUUCUGGAGAGUCUGAACCACAUUUGAUCAUGAAAGUCUUUGAUGAAGCUCAAUAUCACAGGACACAACCAUACUCCUGUCGUCCAUUAGCAAACAAUAAUGAUCAUUACUAUUUUCAAGUAGCCAUUAUGUCUUGCACUGACUUUUCCAGACACUCUCUAUAUAUAUCGAUAAUAUCCUGAAGUCUGCGGCUCUUCCAAAACAAAGAACUGGUUGAACUUGUUAGUGUUAGCUGGCCUAACAGAAGACAAUAACAAUAAUGACCUCAUGCCCCGCCCAAGCACACUGGAUUGGCUGGAUUGCAGUGGGUCGGGUGAUUGGCGGGCAUGCCGUCACUGAUGAAUUUGUUCUGACACUGGAUCAUCUGUUAAGAUGAACAACAUGCACAUCCAAACGAGAGAUGAAAGUGAAUCCACGUGUCAUAUCCUGCUUGGUUUUGUUAAGUAUGUCCACAUAACUUUGGCUUUUCAGGUUUUUGUUGUAAACGAUGUGGGUUUUUUCAGUCAGAGCACAUUUGCUUUAGCAAUACAGAAUGUAAAUGCAUGUAAACACACGUUGAAGGAACAAAUGUUGACAUUUAUAUUUGUCAUUCUUGCAUGUACAGUAAAUAUCCAUUUUAAUCAAUAUCUAUCCCCCACAAUGCCUAAAGUGGUUAUGGCCCUGUAAUUAACACACAUACUUUAUUUACACAAUUCAUCACCCCGUGGUUACAACUGCAACCUCAUGAAUCCAUGAAACGCUAUAUUUUAAUUCUUCUUCUUAUUUAUUUAUUUAUUUAUUUUUGGAUGACGUGUGGGCCGAUGUGGGGAGAAAAAAAGCAUCAAAUGUUAAAGAAACAAUAUGAUAAGCUAUUAUGCAUGUAAUAACAAGCAAACUCUUUUAAUAUGAAUAUUUUAUCAUAUUAUAAUAUAAUUAGAUUACAAUAAUAUUAUAAAGCGUUCUUGACGAUGGAACAUUUUAGCAUGAAAUCUUUAUCAUUUGAGCUCACUGUCUGUUAUUAGAAAGCAUCCAUACAUGGGCUCUGCAGAAAUGCCCUUUGGCUUGAAUUUAGAGGUGUUGAUCCCAAAUAUCUAAAAGAGUAAAUGUAAGGACGGUCACUUUCACCUGGUCGAAUCCAACAUUUGUAUCUGUGUUUAUGUGCUGCAUUUUCAAAAUUACCACCACAUUUAAUUAUAACAUUUCCAUCUACUGUGGUGACUG